GACGGAUCAACCUAGUUUUUUCACUUUUUAACUUUAAAACGACUAAAAUAGAGAGCAAAUAUUUCCUUUGUGUAAUUUGCCCACAGUAGCUAAAAAAUAUUGGUCCUUUAAAUUACAUACCGCAACAAAACGUUUUAACGAGCAAUUGGUGGCGAGUUAUGCUAGUAGGCUACUGUACAUUACUCCAUUUGUUCACAAAAUACAUGAAAGUUGGCGGGGAGUAUUUAUCCAGGUCUAGUCUCUCAUCUCUGGCUCUCGGUUUGCGGGAUAAGAUGGCAAGCACCUUUACCCGGGUCCUGACCUCCAAGAGAAGCGUGGGUAUCCUGUCUCUAGUAGGAGCGGGCUCCUUAGCGGCGGGAUACCUGCUGAACAGGGAUCCUGUCAACGCUGGAGCCCAGAGCAGGAGGAGACUGUACCCAUCAAGUGCGGAGUACCCUGAUUUAAGGAAACACAACAACUGUAUGGCCAGUAACCUCACUCCUGCUAUAUAUGCCAAGCUGUGUGACAAGGCCACUCCUGCUGGCUUCACCCUCGAUGAAGCCAUCCAGACAGGAGUGGACAAUCCUGGGCACCCCUUUAUCAAGACUGUGGGCAUGGUGGCUGGAGAUGAGGAGUCUUAUGAGGUGUUUGCUGAUCUCUUUGACCCUGUCAUUAAGGAGAGACACAAUGGUUAUGACCCCAGGACUAUGAAACACCCUACAGAUCUGGAUGCCAGCAAGAUUCGGUCGGGGCAUUUUGAUGAGCGCUAUGUGCUGUCCUCGCGUGUGAGGACGGGCCGCAGUGUCCGGGGCCUCAGCCUGCCCCCCGCCUGCACGCGCGCGGAGCGCAGGGAGGUGGAGCGCGUGGUGGCGGACGCUUUGAAUGGGCUGAAGGGAGACCUACAGGGCCGCUACUACAGCCUGACGGUGAUGACAGAGCAGGAGCAGCAGCAGCUCAUCGACGAUCACUUCCUUUUUGACAAGCCCGUGUCCCCUCUCCUCACCUGUGCUGGAAUGGCUCGAGACUGGCCAGAUGCGCGUGGAAUCUGGCACAACAACGAUAAAACCUUCCUGGUGUGGAUCAAUGAGGAAGACCACACUCGCGUCAUCUCCAUGGAGAAGGGGGGCAACAUGAAGAGAGUGUUUGAGCGCUUCUGUAAGGGGCUCAAGGAGGUGGAGAGACUGAUCCAAGAGAAGGGUUGGGAGUUCAUGUGGAACGAAAGACUGGGCUACAUCCUCACCUGCCCCUCCAAUCUGGGUACAGGGCUGAGGGCUGGUGUGCACAUUAACCUACCUCGACUCAGCAAGGAUCCUCGGUUCCCCAAGAUCUUGGACAACUUGCGUCUCCAGAAACGUGGCACAGGUGGUGUGGACACAGCAGCCGUGGGCAGCACCUUUGAUAUCUCCAACCUGGACCGACUGGGCAAAUCCGAGGUUGAGCUGGUCCAGACUGUGAUAGAUGGAGUGAAUUACCUGAUCGAGUGUGAGAAGAGACUGGAGAAAGGCCAAGACAUCCGGGUCCCUCCUCCUAUAAACCAGUUCAAGUAAACAGCCCUGCAGAUGACUUCCCAGCUUCUCCAAUGGCUUGUUAUGCUGCUGUUAUGCUGUUAUGCUGUGAUCAUUCCUCACCAGCAGAAACAUGGAGAAACCCAUUGCUUUGGCACUGAAAUGGAAAUCCUCAAUAAAAUCUAGCACUGCUGUCACCAA